ACAAGUUCCACAAACCCUUGUUCCUCCGUUAGGUAGCCGCUACUGAGAAAUCGAUCUCCCCCUCCACUAUCUAUCACCAAAUCGUUUUGAUUCAUCAAUCCAUACAUCCUUUUCUUUAAUAUCACAGUGAAAUCUUAAAAAUCUGUGAUUCGAUCUUGGAGAACAUGGGGGAUUACAAUGAUGCGUUCAUGCGCAACAACAACGCUGCAGUUCAGGCUCGUACCAAGCAGCAGAACCGUGCUAAUCUCAUGCAAAUGAAGCUGAUUGGACAGAGUCAUCCAACAGGAUUAACUAACAAUCUGUUAAAACUUUUUGAGCCACGGCCUCCUCUUGAGUAUAAACCGCCACCUGAGAAGAGAAAAUGUCCACCAUACACAGGCAUGGCGCAGUUUGUUAGCCAGUUUGCUGAGUCAACUGACCCUGAAUAUGCUCCACCUGUACAAAAAGGCGAAACUCCUGGCCAAAGGAAGGCUAGGAUUCAUCAGUUACGGCUUGAAGAGGGUGCAAAAAAGGCUGCGGAGGAGCUCGAAAAAUAUGAUCCAAACAGUGAUCCAAAUGUAUCUGGAGAUCCGUACAAGACGUUGUUUGUAGCUAGGCUUAAUUAUGAGACAACUGAGAGCAGAAUUAAAAGGGAGUUUGAGGCAUAUGGGCCCAUCAAACGGGUUCGCUUGAUUGCUGAUAAAGAGACAAACAAACCAAGAGGAUAUGCUUUCAUAGAAUACAUGCAUACACGUGAUAUGAAAGCUGCAUAUAAACAAGCCGAUGGAAGGAAGCUUGAUAACAGAAGAGUACUUGUGGAUGUUGAACGUGGUAGAACAGUUCCUAACUGGCGACCGCGGAGACUUGGUGGUGGACUUGGAACAACCAGGGUUGGAGGUGAAGAGGUUAACCAGCGGUACUCUGGGAGAGAACAACAGCAAUCAGGGGGUCCACCUCGAUCUGUAGAGCCAAAAGUACACGAAGACCGAGACAGGGACAGGGAGAAAUCUCGUGACAGGGUAAAGGAGAGGGAACCGGAGAAGUCUCGUGAGCGGUCUCAUGAUAGGCCAAGGGAUCGGGAACACAGGGAUGAAAGGCACCAUCGGGACCGUGACCGAAAAUCAGACAGGGGGGAUAGGGAGAGAGACCGUAGCGGGCGUGACCGUGAUCGACACCGUGACCGGGAUAGGGGUCGUGAUCGUAGUGGACGUGACCGUGGUGAUCGUCAUCGUGAGAAGGAUAGGGACAAAGAUAGGGAGUACGAGGUGGGUGAUGUUGAACCUAUUAUGGAUCGUGGGCGUUCUCGCGAUAAGGAGUAUGAAUAUGAGAGACACGAGAGAGACAAACAUGGAGAGAGGCAAAAGAACUACGAGCAAGGGGACCCGGAGGAAUGGUAUGAGCAACCGGAACAUGGGAAUAGUAAGCGUGGUGUUGAUCCAGAACGUGAUUUGGCAGGCUACGAUUACUAUGAUCGUCAGGAUGAUCAAGAGCGCUAUGAACAUCCAGAGCGUGAUCAUGAUCGUUAUGAUCAGAUGGAGGAAGAUACCUAUGAAGCAGCAAAGCCUGAGGCACGUGAUAAGGAUCGUGAGCGUGAGUAUAGACGAUCUGACAGGUCCCUUUCUCGUGAGUAUGAGUACUGAAAAUGAUAAUCUGCACGUUGGUUUUUGUUGUGUGUUCUGGAUUUUUUGUUCUUUAGACUGAAGCAAAUGGAUUUGAUGCUGAUGGGUUUGUUUUUCAAAUGGAUUGUAAGUUGUAAUAUGCAGUGGACUUGUUCGACUUAUUAGAGAUUGCUUGGCAUUUGUUUUUCUUUGGGUUAA